UUUGCUCUAAGCUGUUGCCUGUUUUGAUGUUUCUUCCAUUUCUAGGCCUAGGACAUCACAGGACCCAGACCUCCUGAAGGUCAUUUCAGAAAGGGACAGAGGAGGGGCUGGAAACUUCACUUAUAAACUAGAGAUUGACUAUCACCAUAUUAUGGAUGUGACUAAAGAAGAUAUUGAAAUAUGAUCAUUGCUUUAUACUGCAACGAAACUGUGAGAUCCUCCAUGACCAAAGGGUCAUUCCUAAUUCACCUCUGUCCCUAAGACUUACCACAUUGCCUAACACAGAGUAAGGUGCUGAGUAAGCAUUGAUUCAGUGACUCAACACACUGUAUCUAACCAGGUAAGAAUGGCCACCCUCUGUUCUUUACAAGGUUAAUUUUUUAUGGAUUAAUUAUAUAUGAAAUCAGUCAUAAAUGACUUUCUAUGAGCAAAUUUGAAAUAUAAAAAUACAGUGCCCAUAUAUGUGUUUAUAGUCAAACACAAUAUUGGAGCAUCACAAAGAAGUCUGAGUUUUUGUAAUUUCAUCUCUACAAAUGCCAUUUUUUUAUCUUAUGAAAUGUCAUUAAAAGAAAAGAUGGUUAUUACAUGCGCAAUAUGUUUAUCAGAUGCAGCCAGAUGGUUCAGUGUGGGUGUAUGGAGAGAGAGGGAGGUUGCUCCUAUGUCCUAUGAGCAAAAGAGCUGAGCCCCAGGAUACUAGGAGGGGUGCCCCUGUGGAAUUCUCCACCUUGACACGAGGCUGCCAGAUGUCCAGGAGGCUCCUGGGCAGGGCCUAAGGGAUUCUGUUUGUCCUCGAAAAGAAACUUCUGGAAUGCAAGGUUUUCAAAUGCUUGGAUAGAUUCUCAAGUACCAUAGCCCCCCCAGCUGACUGAAGUUGAUAGUCCAAGAGGACACUCCCAGACUCUUUAAGUGCUUUCAUUCCUCUCUGACUUUCCUGCACUGAGUCAGGCUACCCCUCUGCUCAGAGAUCUGAAACUCCAUUCCCAAGGCCUUAGUAAGGAGAGCAGCCGAGGCGUCGGAAGCACAGGGCACAAACUCCUACAGGAAGAAAAAGGCGUCUUCCUGUAAACUUCUGUCAGCAUGAAGCGAGGGGCUCAGAGCCGUGCAGGCCACCGUCAAAUACCCGGGCCCUGAGCCUCACGGAGGGCUCGGCGGCCAUCAUCUUCCUCCAUCUUCCCAGAGGCCUCAGCGCGGCCCCGCUAGAAAGGCGGGAGCGAGGCCAGCGGCUGCAGCGCAGCACCGGGGUGGGCGCUGCUGGCCUCGUGUUCCUCUCCCUACUCCUCUGGGGCUAGUCCUCACUCAGGCUGCCCCUGGACGUUGACUCCCUCAGACGGUAGCUCAGUUCCUCAGGAAGGCGACGGCCGAGUCAGGCAGUCGACGGCCAAGUGGCCUCUGAGGCCUGGGAGUGGGUGGCAAUGUGGCCGCUACGGGUCUAUACCCGCAAGAAGAGGGCCGGCCAGAGGCUCAACCUGACCCCGACGCCGGACCUUGGCUCCUCUGCGCCGGCCGAGGCCCGCGCAGGCCCGGGCCCGAAAGGGAGUGGCCCCGCGCAAGGUUUGCGGAAGAUCUCAGAGAAGGCCGAGCGGACUGGGCAGGGCCGCAGCGGAUCUGGGCGGCCCAGCUCUCAGUUAGGAGUUGCAGGGGAGAAAAGCCUGCAAGAAAGUAGCGCUAGAGAAGAGGAGACCCGGGAUGAGAAGAUGGUGCCAUUGAGCGAGUCAGUGACUGGUGAUCUCCAGGUUGACAGUAGUUCAUCAUCUGAUGAACUAGUAUCAGGACUAAGUUCACAGCAUGAUAUUUGUAGUUCUCUUCUGAGCUAUUCAAUCACAGACUCUUACACAGAAUGCAAGAGUUUUGAAGAGAAUUUAAGUAGCUUCCCAUCACCUGAACUCUUCAGAGGAUCCGAUUAUUUAGAUUGGGAGUGCCCCAGGUUGGAAGAAUACACACAAUGCAAGAAUUCCACUCUUCUGGAUACCAGUAAAGCAGUAGCAGUAGAGAAGGCACCCCAGUUUUCAAACCUAUCUUCAAUUUUAGCUACCUCUUUGGAAGACUAUCAGAAAUGCCAUAGAAAAAUAGUGAUGACAUUAGCAGAUGAAAAUAUUUCUCCAAAACCAAAGGGUACUUCAAAUUCAGAAUCAGAUAAUGCAGCUUGCAAAGUACUUGCUGAGAGAACUUAUCCUUUAACUCCUGAAAGAACAAAGAAAAAAGACACAAAUCCCACUACUCCUGAUAAGAAAAGCAGAGGCCUGUUAACAAGUACUCCAACUUCACAGACAGCUGGUUUAGAGAUUGAUCUGUCUUCAGUACAAAAAGUGUCUUUGGAGGAACUAUUUCCAAAUGACAGCAACUGUGUUAAUUCAGAUGAAAUUGUUCCUGUGUCAAGUUUGCAAGAACAUUUUUCAAAUGAGAUUCCUUCAAAUACAUCAGAAAUAUGUUGUAUAAUUAGAGCAUCACCAGGAACCAGACAAAUGAAAAGUAAAAGCGUUACUGUAAAGAAGAAGAAAUUUUCUUUUCCUAAAGGCAUUCCUGAAGGUACCGUAGUGUGAAUGCAGAGACUACUUUUAAAAAGCUAUAAACAUGUUUUCCUACAGAGUCCUUGUGUACACAGGAAGUUCAGUUACAAAUUGUAUUGUGAGAGUUUCUGCACAAGUGCCAAUAGUAAAAUUACAAGUUUGGUCAGGUUUCA